AUGGGCAAGAAACGUUCGUUGGUAGAGGUAAUAGGAUUUUAUAAAAAAUGGAGCUAUCAUGAGUUUUAGGAAGAACCCUUGAACGAUUCUGUAGCCAGCGAAAGCGCAGAGACCCUGCUUACUGAGAAAGACGACUACGCGGCUUUGUGCGCUUUGGUAGAAACAAAAAUAGACUAUUUUCCAUUGAAAAAUAUGAAUUUACAGGUGAAUCCUAUCGCUCAGCCACUGGCGAACAGAAAAUUGGCCAAGAAAGUGUAUAAGGUAAAUAGAUUAUAUUUUACACUUAUCGUUAUCUUUUUCAGCUCGUGAAAAAGGUUUCUGGAGAUCAUGCGCUCCUUCGGGAAGGCAUCAAAGACGUACAAAAGGCCAUCCGCAAAGGAGAAAAGGGAAUCGUUAUCUUAGCAGGUGAAUUUCCCCAAGUUUAUGUCUUGUUCUAAACGUCUCCAAGAAACGUUUGAUGGGUAACAUAUGAAAAAAAUGACGUUCGAAAUAAUCGAAACUUUUCGAAGAAUAAAAUUGUCUUGACUAAUCAAGAGAGAAACUCUCAAUUCGAAGCUAUUCAUAGAUGAUAAACAUAGCUUCAAUAAUACUUUUUAUGAAUUCUAGAGACUACUCUUACAGCUUUAUCUGAACUUUCAAGAUUGUUUGAAUUCCUCUAAUUCGAAAAUUCAAUUAGUUUAAAAACCGACAAUACCUUAUAUAAGUUUUCGAAAAGAUCCAUGAGGUUGUAGAACACUAAGAAUAACUGCCGAGAUAAACGCGAGACACUGGCGGUACAUUGACGAGCUCGCAAACAUCUCGCUUUUUUUCUCGCUCCGGUCUCGCAUUUUUCUGGGCGCGAGCUCGCAUUUUUCUAGGCGCGAGCUCGCAUUUUUCUCGCAAUUUGAAAAUUUCCGAAAUGCAAGAUAAAUGCGAGGUCGCGCCGAGAAAAAUGCGAGGUCGCGCCUAGAAAAAAGCGACAUUUUUGCGAGUUCGUCAAUGUACCACCACCGACCUCGCGUUUAUCUCGUCAGUUAUUCUUAGUGAAGGUGAAUGAAUUUUCGACACAGGUGCUAGAUUUUUUUUACGGUUUUGUUCAAAUUUUUUUUAAAAUUGUCCUGCUAUUAGCGAUUUCUUUUUUGCAGUAUUUUUUGAAUUCCAAUUGCAGUAUAUUUUUACUAAAAAAAAAUACUUUUACAAUUUGGAAUUUUCUCGAAGUUAUCUUUUACACUCUUCCAUCCGCAGAAUGAGAUUCCUGAAGCUUAUUCGAAGAUUACAAAAAAUUAGUGGGAGAGCGUUCCUUUGGAUGAAGGACCUUUCUUUGAUUUCACUUCGAUUUCAUUCAAGUUUUUUAUUUUCAUUAACCCCUCCUUUUUCUUCAGGAAACGUUUCCCCUAUCGACGUCUACUCACACAUUCCGGCGAUCUGCGAAGAAAAGGGCCUCCCGUACGCCUACGUUCCAUCGAGAGAACAACUCGGGCUCGCCAUCGGCCAUCGUCGUCCCUCCAUCAUCACUUUCAUCAGACCCAGCGACGCCUAUCAGGAACUCUACACCGAGGUAACAUCCUCUAUCAUUCUAACAAAGUUUUGAACAGACCAUGCUUUAGAUACCCAGAAUAGCCAAUUCAGCGCUGUUUUAAAAAUUAAAUUAAAAACUUUUUUUCUUUCCUUUAUAAUUUAUGCCCGCUGAGGUUCAGAAAUCUACAGAUGUGAUUCUCCAAAAUUUAGUUAUCUUUUUUCGCUCUCUGACGGCUAUUUUGGAUUUCGCGGAAUCACUUUGAACACGGCAUAAGCCUUUAAGGCAAGAGCCAACGGCCAUCAACCAUUUUCAUAAAUAGAAAAAGCUCAUCAUUAUUUGACAAGAAGAUUUUUGGGAGAGCUAUGGCACUGACUUCAAAGUUUCAACUUUGCAGGUUGCCGACACUCUCAACCAUCUCACGACAGAUACUGAUUAA